CCUUUCAGUCUUUUUAAGUCUCCCCAUGCACCAAAUAACGUAACCAAACCACUCUCCCACACCCACCUUGGCGUUGAUCAUCCUCUCUACCUUCCCCCAGUUUACUUUCUUCAAAGCAAGCCCACGAAAAUAACACUUUGGCAAUCGAAUUUUAUUCCAACUGGCCUUAGUAAAGCAAACAAAGAUGCGUCUUUUCAACGCUCGAUUGCUGCUAAACUUUUUCCUUGUGAUCGCCGUUUUCACAGUUCUCGUCACAGCUGAUGAUCAAGGUGGUCAGAAGUGCAUGCCGUGCAAUCCAAACUCCCAACCACCGCCAUAUCCGCCGCCUCCACCAAGCCCACCACCACCAGCUCUUCCUCCGCCAUCACCACGGCCACCGUCUCACAAGAAGCCGCCAACGUCUCCACUCUGCCCUCCGCCUCCCUCGUCGUUCUUAUACAUAACUGGUCCGCCGGGGGAGUUGUAUCCCAUUGACGAAAACUUCAACGGCGCCGCAGGGAAUUUGGUCACUAGGACGUUGCCUGUUUUCAUCAGCUGUGGAUUGUUGGGUCUUCUGGUUUUAAUUUGAUGACUUUAUUCCGGUAAGAUUUAGAACCAGGGAGGCCAGAAGAACAGAAUUUUAUGGACAUAGAUGUUACUAAGGUCUAAGAUUUCAUCGACAGGACAAUUUGGUACCCUGUUUUAGUUAGUACCGAUCUUUGGUACAUGCUUUUAUCUGAAUUCUACAGUAAUCUUGAAUAAAAAUUCUACUGAUCUGUUGCCAGUUA